AUGUCCAUUCCAAAAACUCAAAAAGCUAUUAUCUUCGAAACCUCCGGUGGUGAAUUGAAAUAUGCUGAUAUUGCGGUUCCAAAGCCAAAACCUAACGAAAUUUUAAUCAAUGUUAAGUUCUCUGGGGUCUGUCAUACUGACCUCCAUGCAUGGAAAGGAGACUGGCCUUUACCAACUAAAUUGCCUUUGGUAGGUGGACAUGAAGGUGCGGGUGAAGUUGUUGCCAUUGGUGAAAAUGUCCAAGGAUGGGAAAUCGGUGAUUUAGCAGGUAUCAAAUGGAUCAAUGGUACCUGUUUGAAUUGUGAAUUCUGUCAAAACUCCAAUGAAUCCAACUGUGCCAAAGCUGAUAUGUCUGGAUACACCCAUGACGGUACUUUCCAACAAUACGCCACUGCCGAUGCUGUUCAUGCUGCUAGAAUUCCAAAAGGAACCGACUUAGCUUCAGUUUCUCCAAUUUUAUGUGCUGGUAUUACUGUUUACAAAGCUUUAAAGACUUCCGGUGCAAAGCCAGGUCAAUGGGUUGCAAUUUCUGGUGCAGCUGGUGGUUUAGGUUCCUUAGCGCUUCAAUACGCUAAGGCCAUGGGUUUCAGAGUUUUAGCAGUUGAUGGGGGCGAUAAGGGAGAGUUCGUCAAGUCCUUAGGUGCUGAAUCCUAUGUUGACUUUACCAAAAGUAAGGACGUUGUUAAGGAAAUUCUGGAAACCACUGGUGGAGGUCCUCACGCUGUUAUCAACGUUUCUGUCUCAGUCGCUGCCAUGAACCAAUCGACUGAAUAUGUUAGAUCUUGUGGUACUGUUGUCUUAGUAGGUUUACCACAUGCUAAGCUUGAAGCUGGUAUCUUCAACACUGUUGUUAAAUGUGUUUCUAUCAAGGGUUCUUAUGUGGGUAACAGGGCUGAUUCUGCUGAAGCAAUUGACUUCUUUGCAAGAGGCCUUAUUAAAUGCCCAAUUAAGGUUGUUGGUUUAUCUGAAUUGGCUAGUAUCUAUAAAUUGAUGGAAGAAGGUAAGAUUUUAGGUAGAUACGUCGUUGAUACCUCAAAAUGA